GCAAAUGGCCGCCAUCAUGGUGAAGUAGAAUCUGAUUGUUUUCGCGUACUAAGAAAUUUAAUCGAAAAAAAUGUUGUGCCCGUGCGAUAAGAGAAGCUUUGGAUGAACAAAAAAAACGGUAUAAGUGAGCUUUUUAAUCUUGAUAAUUUAAAAAGAGUGAGUGAUACGAACUAAUGUGUUAAAUUCAUGAUUAUCUUCGACGUGGAUGGACACGCGCCCAAUUCUUAUCCGGCAACCGCAUUAAAAUAUGCAGAACUUGGAAAUCAUUUAUAAUCGAUAAUUCAUCUAUCCUGUGAUCAGUAUUAUCACAAUAAACACUUUGUUUAAUGGUGAUUCAAGUUGCAAGAUGAAAUUCCUAUUAGAAAUGAUGGUGAUUGUGUAUCAUAAAAGAGAAGAUCUGUGAGUAAUUUUUUUAUAAAGUAUCGAAAACAAAUUAAAAUAAAAAAAUAGUUAUGCCUGCUGUUAGUAUUUGCGAUUCCGUCGCGGUGGUCCUCCGCAACAGUUUGGAGAAUAGCCAGUCUAAAUCAGACGACCUGUCGAUUACAAUAGCGGACAGUAUUUCACGAAUUGCGGAAAGUAGUAUUGAAUACGAAAAGAAAGCACAGACCUGUAAGGCCAGAGAAGGACUUGAUCCUAUUAAAUUGAAGAUUGCGACUUUUUAUACUAUCAAUACGGAAAUAACGGAUAGUGGAAAUAUGAAAGAGGGUGCCUCAUGUUCAAAACGAACAAACGCCAGAAAGACUGAACCCACAUUACCGGAAGCAAAAUCCGUUUUAUAUCCAGCGAAUAAAAUUGUUUUAGGAUGGAAAGACAAUUUUCCAAUUGGCGCUGGAAUGAUAAAUGUCAGUAAUUCAUGCUAUUUAAAUAGCACACUGCAGGCUCUUUUUCAUGUUCCGGCUCUUGUUAAUUGGCUAUUAUCUGACAGUCACCAUAGCUCAGGUUGUGAUCAGAAUGAUGGAGGUGAGUGCCUUACUUGUUCCAUGGCAAAGACUUUAAAAUUUAGCCAUCAAAAGACGGGGGAUGCUUUCAGACCAUUUCUCAUUUAUAAUAAACUUAAACUAAUUUGUAGAACUAUGUCACCGGGAGACCAAGAAGAUGCUCACGAAUUUUUACGUUAUUUAUUGGAGGGAAUGGAGAAAGCAUACUUGAUAAGACAUAAGGCAACUAAAUUAGACAAUUAUUCAAAGGAAACAACACCGGUGAAUCAAAUUUUUGGCGGUUAUUUUCGCACAGAAGUAAAGUGCCUCCAGUGCGAUCAUAUAUCGACGACAUUUUCACAUUUUCAGGACUUAUUGGUUGAUAUCAGGAAAGCAAAUACUUUAGAUGAAGCGCUUUCUAGUUAUUUUAGUCAAGAGCAUUUAGAUAACAAUGACUAUAAAUGCGAAGCAUGUAAGCGACGAGUUCCUGCCACUAAACAAUUUAGUUUAGAAAGACCACCAAAAGUGCUUUGCGUACAACUUAAACGAUUCAGUCAUAUGGGUGGUAAGAAUAUGAAGAAUAUUGGAUUCAAACAAACAGUUGAUAUGGGUCCAUAUUUGUGGCGUGAAAAAGGUGAACCACAGAAAAAAUUGAAUUAUAAAUUAACAUCAAUGGUAACACACAUGGGACCUUCAGUUAAUUGCGGUCAUUAUACAGCCGUUGCCCAAGUAUCAUCAGGGAAAUAUUAUACAUUCGAUGAUUCGUCUGUUCGUCAAAUAAGCUUAAAUACAGUAUUGAAUACAAAUGCUUAUAUAAUGAUUUUUGAAAUGGAACCUGAGAAUCAAAAUCAUUUGAAUAGUCAUCAAAAUAUCAAAGUAAAUGGAUCAUUAACGGCGAAAAAUUUUUCACCAAUUACAAUAAAUAAUGCCGAGAAACUUGCGGCAAAACCCUCGACAUCGGGUAUUGUUACACAAAAUGGUUUUGACAAUAAUGGCUCAAAACAUAAAGAACUGAAUCAAUCAAUUAAUUGUCAAUCUACGUCGUCGUCGUCGUCAACCUCGUCAUCGCCACAAAAAACCAAUGGUCUUCACAGUACUAACGGUCAAAAGAGUUCCAAUUUCAUUGGUCCUUUAUUACCUCAAAAAAUACAGGAAAAAUCUCAACCACGUUUAGUGUUACAUUCGAAAAAUGGCAAAGUAUUGAAUGGUAGUAGUUUAGUACCAUACGAUGGAUCGAGUGACGAUGAUGAAAAUAAUUCCAUUAGUACAUCGAAAUCACAAAAUAAUUCCGAGAAUACUAAUAAUUUGAAACCAAAUCCAUUUAAUAGUGGUAAUAGCCAAAAAGUGCUAACUCCGAAAAAUGAAUCGCCAAUAAAAUCAGGAACAAAUUCAUCCAAAGAUUCAUCAUCGUCGUUUAAGUCGAAUGGAAAUGGUUUUACGCCAUUUUCAAAGUCUGUUUAUAGUGGUAUACUUCAGACAACAAAGCAAAAUAAUGGAACUGUUAAUGGUAAUGGAAUUAAUAAAAAUCAUCAAAAUACAUCGCCAAAACAUCAUCAAAAUGGAAAAUUUGAUAGUAAUGGAAAAAUGGAAAACAAUGGCAAGGAUAAAUGGUUUAGUCCAACAAAAGCAAAAAACAACGAUGAUGGAUCUUUAGCGGCUAGCAGUAAUGGUUGGCAAGUUUCAAAGGAUACUCAGGCACCAUCUUCAACGGCCAUUCCAAAUGGAUGGUCCGUUACUGAUAACAAUCGGGAAGAUAAUGGAAAAUACAAUUACAAUUCAACUCCAAAUGCCGCGGCAUUUCGUGAUUUUAAUGGGACAAAUCGUUCCGAAACGGUGUCACAUUUAUUGAAGACAUCGCAUCGUGGUUAUGGAAGUAAUUCUGUAACGAAUUGGAAUGGCGGAAGAUCGCGAUUAGAACGAGAAGUUGAUGACGAAAGACGACAAGAAAGGAAACGUCAUUUGGAUCCUGACGAUGAAGAAAUCGAUAGAGGUCGCACGAAGAAAAUGAAAAUUCAUCGUGAAUAUAAUCGUUUUAAUGUAUUUCAAGAAUAUCAAAAUAUGAAAAGCGGACAACGUCCAAUGGGUUAUCAUCGAAGAAAUUAUUACAAUACAUCAUCUCAUAAUAGAGCACGAUACAAUAAUAGGCCCAAUUAUCACAGAUAUAAUCAAAGUCAAAAUCGCAAUCACUGGCAACGCAGAUAGAAAAGGAAAAGUGCAGUGAAAUGCGCUUUUUAAAAAUGAGCGUUCUAUAUAAUUGAUUUUUUUUUCAUUUAAAAAUUGUCGAUUUUCUCAAUAUUUCGACGAAUGAGAAUUUAGUGGAUAAAAAUAAUUCGCAGCCAACGUUGCAUUUCGAAUUAAUUGAAUAUUUUCUCAAGACUAUUGACAUGUUUUGACUGCUAGAACACUCUAUCCUCGUUUUAAAUAGAUUAACAAAAAAAAAAUCUAAUAAAAAAAAGACAGAUUUUUUCGUUUCUGCUUUUAUCGAGGAUAUGUAAAAAGAGAUAGAUAGAGUGAGAGAGAAGGAGAGAAACAAAGAGAGGGGUAAAAAACGGUUUUAGACCAUUUUUUAUGUCUAAAAUAAAAACCGAAAAAAUUUUAGGGGGAAUUGUCGUGUUUCUUUUAUUUAAUAUACUUUUUUUUCUCUAAAUAGAAAAUGCAUGUUUUUCAUGUACUUUUAGUGAACAUGAGUUUUUUUUUUUAGAUUUUAUUUGUGGGAUAUAAUUACUAAUAAAAAUAUCAAUAAAAGUUCCUUAUAUUA